AUGAGUGACAAUGAAGAGGAACCAAGAAAUAUUAAUGGCACAUGGCCAACAGGUCCUGUUAGUUCUCCAGUUUGGGUGGAUAUGAGCUCAGAGCUUCCUGAAGAGUAUAUACAACAAAUGAGAAAUCUUUCACUUACAAGCCAUCAACAGUCAGACAGGUCUGUACUGAGCAGAUAUGCUGAAGAUGAAACAACAGUCAAUGAUGUGUAUGGGACUGCUACAGCAUCUGAACAACAGGUAUCACCAGAAGAGCAAACUGCAAGAUCAAAAUCUGUUCUCUCUAGUCCAUGGCCACCAGGGACUAUUUGUUGUCGAAUUUGCACGGAUUUGUACACAAAGAUUCUGCGAAGUCAACGACUGGUUUUGGCAACCCGGUGUGGCCAUAUCUUCUGCAGUCAAUGCCUCCAUGCUGCCAUUGAGGUUACCGGGGCUUGUCCAGCCUGCAGCAGACAACUCACUCACAGACAAUAUCAUCCCAUUUAUUUAUGAGUACUUCUGUUUCUCAGCACAGAUUCAGAUGGAUUUUGGUGAAUAGGUGGCAGAAAGACUUUUUGCUUCAUGUAUACAGUUCUCAUUGUAUACAGCUCCAUUUUUUCCUGAAUUUAAUUCUAAAUAAAUUGUUGAUUUAAGUAUGGUCAAGUCUGUUUGCUCAUCUAUGUUGGACUCAGCUGGUAGACCAAAACUUCUUGUAACA